AUGUUUCGUCCGCUUAUUCUUCUCAGUACUCUAACUGCCACUUUGGCCUGUCCCACCCGCCAGAUCAAAACCGCUUCCAAAUACGACUAUAUUGUUAUUGGUGGUGGAACUAGCGGCCUGGUUAUUGCUAACCGCUUGUCAGAAGAUCGAAAUGUCUCCGUCCUCGUCAUCGAGGCAGGUAAAUCGGUGCUCAACAACGCCAAUGUCACUGACGUUGGUGGAUAUGGACUGGCGUUCGGCACGGAUAUCGACUGGCAAUAUAAAAGUGUCAACCAGACCUAUGGGGGCAAUAAAGAGUUGGUUUUUCGAGCGGGUAAAGCGGUGGCUGGAACUAGUGCUAUCAACGGAAUGGCCUACACUCGUGCCGAAGACGUCCAGAUUGAUGCGUGGCAGACUAUCGGCAACGAGGGCUGGACAUGGAAGAAGCUGCUUCCCUACUAUUUGCAAAGUGAGAAAUUAACCAUCCCCAGCCAGAGCCAGGUCUCCAAGGGCGCAUCCUACAAUGCUUCCGUUCACGGCAAGUCCGGCCCUCUGGAUGUGGGUUUCUUCGAUAUCCCCGACAAUGACCUCACCGGGGUUCUCAAUACCACCAUGAAUGGUCUAGGCAUCCCCUGGGUUGAGGAUGUCAAUGGCGGAAAGAUGCGCGGUUUCAACAUCUUUCCCUCCACCAUCAACGUGGCAGCCAACGUGCGUGAAGAUGCCGCCCGCGCCUACUACUGGCCUGUUGCCUCUCGCCAAAAUCUACACCUUCUGGUGGACACCUUUGUCAACCGCAUUAUCUGGCAGGAUAAGGCUAACAAUAGUGACCACGUUACCGCGUCCGGGGUCGAGGUUACUUUGGCAAACGGAACCACGUCGGUUGUGUCUGCCAACCGAGAGGUUAUUGUCUCGGCUGGAGCCCUCAAGUCGCCAGGGAUCCUCGAGUUGUCCGGUAUUGGUGAUGCUACCCUCCUUGAGAAGCACAAAAUUCCGGUCCAGGUUAAUCUUCCCACCGUGGGCGAGAACCUCCAGGAUCAAACCAACGCCCAGUCGGGCGCUGCUAUCAAGGCCAACAUGACCAGCGCCACACACGUCGUUUACCCCAACGUCUACGACAUCUACGGCAACCAGACUGACUCCCUAGCGCGCUCAAUGCAAAAGAAAAUAAAGGAUUAUGCCAGAGCCACCGCCGAGGUCAGCAACGGCAUCAUGAAGGCUUCAGAUCUGGAGGCGCUGUUUCAGGUCCAGUACGACCUUAUCUUCAAGCAGCGUACCCCCAUCGCUGAGAUCCUCUAUAGCGCCAGAGGAGAUAACGCCAUCUCCUCCGAAUACUGGACUCUUUUGCCUUUUGCUCGCGGCAACGUGCACAUCUCCUCAUCUGACCCUACCGCGAUGCCCAUUAUUAACCCCAACUUCUUUAUGUUGGACUGGGAUUUAGACAGCAUGAUUGCGGUGGCCAAGUACAUCCGCACCUCGUUUAGUGCUGGACCGCUUGGGAAGCUUGUCGAGGGUGUGACUAUUCCCGAUCCUGCCGUUGUCGGUGAUGAUGCCUCUGAUGCUGCAUGGAAAGAAUGGCUGUUAGACGGGCACUACCGCUCGAAUUUCCAUCCUGUGGGAACUGCUGCCAUGAUGCCCCGUGAGCAGGGAGGUGUUGUUGAUAACAAGCUAAAGGUGUAUGGCACCUCCAACGUCCGUGUGGUUGAUGCCUCCAUUCUUCCUUAUCAAGUCUGCGGUCACUUGACUAGCACUCUAUAUGCCAUGGCUGAGCUUACUGCUGAGCUGAUUAAGCACAACUCUGCUUAA